GAGCCGCUCUGACCUAUGCCAGUGAAUUGUGGGUCCGUCUGUGAGGAGGCCCCGCUUUGCGGAGCCGCUGUGCGAGCGGGCGCUGGGCGGGACUGUUGCGACAGGUCGAAAACUACAUUUCCCAGCAUCCUCGCGGCGCCAGAACUACCGUGCCCGAAAGUCUGAGCGUGAUCCAUCCAGCCUUUCGCUUCCUCCCGCUGACCGGGAAACUCGGGAUAUGUGGGGUCGCAGUGCCUGGCGGCUCCUGCGCCCUGAGAGCCUCGGGGGCCGCCGGGUUUCAACCCCCCGCGGGCGUUUCUCGCCGGCCCUGCGGAGAGACUUCUUCACCACCACAACCAAAGAAGGACAUGAUAUAAGGCGAGUGGACAUAACUCCUUUAGAACAAAGGAAAUUAACUUUUGAUACCCAUGCAUUGGUUCAGGACUUGGAAACUCAUGGAUUUGACAAAGCACAAGCAGAAACAAUUGUAUCAGCAUUAACCACUUUAUCAAAUGUCAGCUUGGAUACUAUCUAUAAGGAGAUGGUCACUCAAGCUCAACAGGAAAUAACAGUACAACAGCUAAUGGCUCAUUUGGACUCUAUCAGGAAAGACAUGGUCAUCCUAGAGAAAAGUGAAUUUGCAAAUCUGAGAGCAGAGAAUGAGAAAAUGAAGAGUGAAUUAGAACAAGUUAAGCAACAAUUAAUAAAUGAAACCAGUCGAAUCAGAGCAGAUAAUAAACUGGAUAUCAACCUAGAAAGAAGCAGAGUAACAGAUAUGAUCAAGAAAAGAAACUUAUGGAAGCAACCACAGAAUUUACCAAAAAGCCUCAGUGUUCACUUGCCUGGCAAUAGCAUUGGGAUUUUACAGAUUCUGGAAAUAGCAGUGGAACAACUAUAUUAUGCUUCUACUACUGCUUCCAUUGACUUCUUAAAACACUGAACUAGGAUAGAUUUACUUUGAACAUUGAAAGUUGUAGCAAAACUUAAUACAACAAGAUUAUUCAAAGUACAUAUGGACUAAAAAAAUGUUUUAGAAUAAGAAAAUGUAGUUUGUGUUUUUUUAUGUCUAUUUUAUUAUGUUGAAAAGCUGCCAUUCAAAACCUGGUUAAUUUGAGAUAGAAGGGCCUUUUGUCUUUAUCUUCUUGAUAGUUUAUAGAAACUGAACCGGAGUUUUGUGUUUGCUUGAAUAACUGUAAAUCAUAUAGGAUUUCUUUGGUAUCUGCUGCCUACAUACUUUGUGAUAACUAUUACACAAUUACCUUUUCAUAUUUAAUAAAAUAUUAUAAGAAAGUU